ACUCUGUGUCGAACUGUGCCACACAAAGAACGUGAGAAGGAGAAGCUGGACACGCACCUUAUUUUCCUUAAGUUUGGCACUAAACGUUACAAAAGGUUCCUUUCAUCAUUGUUUGUCCGAUCAAAGUCCAAAUUUUUUUCCUAUUUACGCAACAAAUUACGAUAAAAAGGUACGAAUUAAAAUUUCAAUAGGAAGGUGAAAAACACAAAUUCGGUGGAACAACACACGUUUCAUAAGGACGACACCAUCACGCAACCUUAGUCCUCUCUGUCUCUACCGUUCUCCUCUGUUCCUCUCUACUUAAUUAGCCGAUUCUACAGAUUAAAAUAUCUGGGUCUGGGUUGUUUUCUGUCUCACCAGUCAACCCGAUUCAAGACUCAAAUAAAGGUUUUAUUGUAGCUUAGGUGGAAAUGGCGGCGUUAUUAGCUUCUCAGAGCUGCUGCUAUGGCAGUGAGACCGCAAGAACCACCAAAGCUAUUGGUUUCAGUAGCUCUUUGGAGAAUCUUUUCACGGGGGAAGCCAUUCAGUGUUAUGGCAGCAAGUCCAAGAGAUUUCGUAUUGAGAUGAGACAAUCCGGAACGCCUUCAAAGGUUGGAAUCAACGGACGUGCAGUCAAAAUGGUUCCGGCGAGUGAGGUGAUGAAAAGGAAAGAUGGUGUGAAUAAUGUAAACAAAGUGAAUGGAUCAGCGGAGAAAGUUGUUAAUGGAGGGAGUUUGGUUAGUAGUAGAAACAGUAAUGGUGCUACAACAAAUUUGGUUAAGGUACCAAAGAAACAACCAGAAUCUUCUUACCUUCCUCCACCGGUUGAAGGAGUUAGGGUCCUUCCUUCUGAUGAAGGUUUUAGCUGGGCUAAUGAGAAUUAUAGCGCUUUUCAACGUAGUGUUGAUGUUUGGUCCUUUGUUUUCUCCCUGAGGGUUCGUGUCUUAUUUGACAAUGCAAAAUGGUCGUACAUUGGAGGAUUCACAGAAGAAAAACAAAAAAUCCGAAGAAGAGCUACAGCUUCAUGGUUGAGAGAGAGUGUAUUGCAACUUGGUCCAACGUUUAUCAAACUGGGACAGUUGUCUUCAACUAGGUCGGAUUUGUUUCCACGUGAAUUUGUGGAUGAGCUUUCCAAGUUGCAGGAUAGAGUCCCGGCUUUUUCUCCAGAGAAAGCAAGGCGUUUCAUUGAGGCCGAACUUGGGGCUCCUAUUAGUGUAAUGUAUAAAGAAUUUGAAGAGCAACCCAUAGCUGCAGCUAGCCUUGGUCAGGUACAUAGAGCUGUAUUGCACAAUGGCGAGAAAGUGGUAGUGAAAGUACAAAGACCCGGACUAAAGAAACUAUUUGAUAUUGAUUUAAGUAAUUUGAAGCUGAUUGCUGAGUAUUUCCAAAAAAAUGAAUCAUUUGGCACAAAUGAUUGGGUUGGAAUUUACGAAGAGUGUGCCUCAAUCUUGUAUAAAGAGAUUGACUACAUAAACGAAGCUAAGAAUGCCGAUAAAUUCCGGAGAGACUUCCGGAAUAUAAGCUGGGUCCGAGUACCUUUGGUCUAUUGGGAUUACUCUGCCAUGAAGGUCCUGACUUUGGAGUAUGUGCCAGGUAUCAAGAUCAACAACUUAGACGCCUUAGCGACACAGAGUUUUAACCGUUCUAGAAUCGCAUCACGGGCCAUUGAAGCUUAUCUUAUCCAGAUACUUAGAACGGGCUUCUUUCAUGCGGAUCCGCACCCGGGAAAUCUUGCAAUUGAUGUAGAUGAAUCGAUCAUCUACUAUGACUUUGGCAUGAUGGGAGAGAUCAAAACAUUUACUCGGACGAGAUUACUUGAUCUCUUUUAUUCUGUUUAUGAAAAAGAUGCGAAAAAGGUCAUGAAAAACCUGAUAGAUCUUGAAGCACUUCAACCCACUGGAGAUCUUUCAUCGGUAAGGAGAUCUGUUCAGUUUUUCUUGGACAACCUAUUGAGCCAGUCACCAGAUCAGCAACAGACUUUGGCAGCUAUUGGAGAGGAUCUGUUUGCAAUUUCCCAGGAUCAGCCAUUCCGUUUCCCAUCUACUUUCACCUUUGUCAUCCGAGCAUUCUCCACACUUGAGGGUAUUGGUUACAUCCUUGAUCCAGAUUUUUCUUUUGUGAAGGUUGCUGCUCCUUAUGCACAGGAACUCCUGGAUUUAAAACAAAGGCAGCGCUCGGGAACUCAGCUUGUCCAAGAAAUAAGGAAGCAGGCUGACGAUGCCAGGUCUUCUACUCUCUCAAUGCCAUCCCGAGUGCAGCGAAUAGAAGAGUUUGUGAAAGAACUCGAUUCAGGCGAUCUAAAACUACGUGUUCGGGUUCUUGAGUCGGAAAGAGCAGCCCGGAAAGCGACAAUACUGCAGAUGGCGACAAUGUAUACAGUUCUUGGAGGAACACUGCUUAAUAUUGGGGUUACAUUUAGCAACCAAGGAAGCCAGCUUGUUGCUAAUGGAUCUUUCGUCGCAGCAGGAAUAUUCUUGGCAUUGGUACUUAGGUCUAUGCAAAGAGUAAGUAAGCUUGACAAGUUUGAGAAGAUGAUAUGAUGGAUGGUCAUUCUUGGGAAUACAAAUAUCAGAUACAGGAUUGUGAUGUAUAGGUGGUAUAGAAUGUAUCUUUUAGCUCAAGUUCAUAAUAUUUAUAAAUUGUAUAAAAACUGUCUCUAAUUAUAAAGGGAAGGAAAGUCAAAAGAUGUAUGACGAAUUUUUCACUAUACUAUAAUUGUAUACAACUAUA